UUACUAAGCAUGAUGUUUGAUUUUUAUAUACUAAAUUUGGCUUUGGUUUUGUCAACAAGUCACUGUUCAUUCCUAUCCAGUUGAGUUGUUGACAUAUUCAUAUUUAUAUUGCAAGACUUGCAGCAUAAGUAUAAUUAAUAAAGAGAUAAUUUUAUCACAGAUUCUUGAUAAUGAACAUUGCUGCCGCUGCGGCUAUUCAUAUAUCCUGUCUCCAUUCCGAUCACCACGUGUUUGAUGCGGGCUCCUUGAGAAGGUAGCCAACAAACAAGAAGCAUAGAUUCUGCUGCUGAUGCGUUUUCUUGUAUGAUUCUUCAAGAUUGAAUAGGUCACGUUUCUGCAAAAGCUUUUCAGUUGCUCGAUAUAAAUGAAGGGAAUGCAAGAUAGUGAUGGGUUCGGCUGCAAUUACGCAUUAGAAUUUCCUGAUUGUUUUCCACAGAGUUAUGCUGCUCAGCAGGGAUCAGUACCUAUGGGACUCUUUGAUCAGUCAGCAGCAAGAGAAGGCGGCUUGCAACGGCAGAACUUUUGGCCGAGUAAUCCGUCCAGCCCCAUGAUCAGCAGGAUAGCAUCACCGGCACCUGCUUUUUAUGCUACCGAAGUUUACAUGGGCUUAUCUCAGUUUGAUUUCCAAGGAAAUAACACCACUUGUUGCUCUCAAGAAUUCAGGAAUCAUAAUCUAAGUGUACCGCCGUACCAACAAAAUCCAACGGGUUUCUAUGGAGAUUUGUCGCCAGAGACUGAACCAGAUACCCACCUAUCAUCAGUUAUGGAGACUCAAACAUCAAGCGGCAGUGAAUAUAUCAGGCCAGAAGGAUUCUAUGGGAAUCUGUUCUGCAACAUUGAGAGUGAUCAGAUACUACACCUGAAAAAAAGGCUACUUGGUGAUCUUGAUGAUGAAAAUAUGGGAAGCCCUUCAAUUCCUUUGGAUGCAAAUCAGGAUCUGGGAGUGUCCCAGAGUUUAUACACAUCUCAUUUAACUAAUGCGCAGCAGCUUGGAACGCCGCCUGGAUGCCUUCCAACUACAUCAAGUAAUAAUUCUGGAUCCCCUGGAGCAGUUCCAUCGAGCAAGACUCGGAUCAGGUGGACUCAGGAUCUUCACGAUCGGUUUGUUGAGAGUGUGAAUCGACUUGGUGGCCCUGACAAGGCAACUCCCAAGGCAAUACUAAAGCUGAUGGAGACCGAUGGACUUACCAUUUUACAUGUCAAAAGCCAUUUGCAGAAAUAUCGGAAUGUGAAGUCCGGGCCAGAAUCAGUGGAAGGUACAGGAAGAUCUGAGAAGAAGACUAGCACAAAUAACGUAGCACAGAUGGACAUUGAAACUGGGAUGCAACUGAAGGAGGCACUGCAAAUGCAAUUAGAUGUCCAAAGGCAUCUCCGCGAGCAACUGGAGAUUCAACGGAACUUACAGAUGAGGAUUGAGGAACAAGCGAAGCAGCUGAAAGAGAUGUUUGAUCAGCAGCAAAGAAGGAUACGGAAUCUAAAGGAAUCAGCAGAUUCUAAGAGCACAUGUCCUAAUAAUUUUUCCUCUACUGUUGAAGAUCCAGAGGUUUUGGUCUCAGAAGGAUCUGAUGAUGACAUGCUAUUUCCCAUCAAGAUAAACUAGCAGGUUCCGUCAGCCCGGCCCGGAACAAGAUUUUUGGUUUCCCUUAAUUCAGCACCAUGAGCAGCCAUGCAUUCUGUCCACUUGUUACAUAGUCAAGAAUUAUUUGCAAUCUGAUGAAUCUGAGUGAAUCAUACAUCACAUUUAGAACAUAGGCAUACAACAUACACUUCCAUGUCUGGUCAUCUUCUUGUCUGCAUAUACAGUACAGAGUACACUAUUUGACAGUGUUCCGGGAAACAGAAGUUUUUCAUCAUCACCUUGGUAUAUGUCUCGUGCCCUCGGCUAUGUUUGCGGGUU